AAGGUGUGUCUCUCUCACUUACUUCCCCUCGUCAUCGUCUGAGCUUACCAAAACUCCGGUCAAAUGGCGAUGACGACUGCUACACUCUUCCAUGCACUUGUUCCUUCCAACAGUUACAAAACAGGAGCUGUGUCCUCUUCGUUAGUCUCAGUUCCGUCUUCUUCGUCGUCUCUCCAAUUCCGCUCGCUUGUCUCGGAUUCAACGUCGGUUUAUGCUCGGAGGAAGUUAACCGGAGAUCUCAGAAGAGUAUCCUUAACUGUCUCCGCCGCCGCAGCAACUGAGCCUCUCACCGUUCUGGUCACCGGUGCCGGUGGAAGAACAGGGCAAAUCGUGUACAAGAAGUUGAAGGAGAGGUCGGAUCAGUUCUUGGCGAGAGGUUUGGUGAGGACGAAAGAGAGCAAGGAGAAGAUCGGUGGAGAGGAGGAAGUGUUCGUCGGAGAUAUUCGAGACCUUGAAGCCAUUGCUCCUGCUGUUCAAGGGAUUGAUGCUUUGGUCAUUCUUACGAGCGCUGUACCGAAGAUGAAACCUGGUUUUGAUCCUAGCAAAGGAGAGAGACCUGAGUUCUACUUUGAAGAAGGAGCUUAUCCUGAACAGGUGACAACAGCUACUGCAUGUGUUUCUUGUGGGGUGGUUUGUACAUUCUUGUUUGGUUUUUUUGAUUCUUUUGUCUUUCUUUUGAAGGUUGAUUGGAUUGGUCAGAAGAAUCAGAUAGAUGCCGCUAAGGCAGCUGGAGUUAAGCAGAUUGUUUUGGUCGGGUCGAUGGGAGGAACAAACAUAAACAACCCCUUGAAUAGCAUUGGCAAUGCCAACAUUCUGGUUUGGAAGAGGAAAGCUGAGCAGUACUUGGCUGACUCCGGUAUUCCAUACACCAUCAUCAGGGCGGGUGGUCUGCAGGACAAGGAAGGUGGCAUCCGGGAACUAAUUGUGGGGAAAGAUGACGAGAUUCUUGAGACAGAGACGAGAACAAUAGCAAGGGCUGAUGUUGCAGAAGUCUGCGUUCAGGCGUUGCAGCUCGAGGAGUCAAAGUUUAAAGCACUUGAUCUGGCCUCAAAGCCUGAGGGAACAGGCACCCCAACAAAGGAUUUCAAGGCACUUUUCGCUCAAGUUACCGCUCGGUUCUAAUCUUCUGUUACUCUGUCUUUGUAGCAGAGUCAUAGGAUUAGAGACUUCGAGGAAUAAUAAAUACAUUUUGUGAGAUACACUCGUCUGAAUCGGCUCUUUCUAUA